AUGUUGUUAUUGUCGUUGGUGGUGGUGGUGGUGGUGACGUGGCAUCUCUCUCCCUCAGACUCGCCCUACUUCGAGGCGCCAGUACAGAACGUGACGGCGCAUGUGGGGCGCAUCGCCAAACUCACCUGUGUUGUUGAGAACCUGGGAGACUUCAAGGUGGCGUGGGGCUUCCAGGGGACAGGCGCCGUGCUGACGGUGGCCACGGACGUCCUCACGAACAACCGCCGCGUCAGCAUACAAAGGGAGCAGCGGAGCACGUGGGUCCUCACUAUCUCGGACGUCACGCUCAAAGAUGAGGGUGCCUACUGGUGCCAAGUAAACACCUCCCCACCGAGAUCCGUCACCGGCUACCUGACUGUUGUGGAGCCCCCGGUGCUGGAUGGCGGGGACGAGGAGGUGACGGUGAACAGCGGCGAGGCGGCGAACCUCACCUGCAGGGCGCACGGCACGCCCACGCCCACAAUCAGGUGGAUCAGAGAGGACUACGACAGCAUUAGGAUCACUGACGCGGUCUUCGUGCAAGACUUCGUCGGGAGCACGCUGCCCCUGAAGGAAGUGAACCAGCGCAGUGCAGGCGGGUACCUCUGCAUCGCUAGCAACGGCCACCCUCCUUCCAUCAGCAAGCGAGUCAUUGUCAACGUGAACUACAAGCCACUGAUUCAGGGGCCCAAGCAGACCAUGUGGGCGCUGCCAGGGUCCACUGUCAGCCUCACGUGUCUGUACGCCGCCCACCCAGAGCCCCACGUGGUCUGGAUGAGGGAGAAUUCAUUAGGAUCGCAGCUAUUGAGCGAUGAUUACUUCACAGUGACGCCCCAAGACGGCCACCCACCUUAUACGCACAACAUGACGCUUAACAUGAGAAACCUGCUUCGCUCAGACUUCGGCAUCUACACGUGUGUCAUCAAAAACUUCAUGGGGCAAGAGCAGGCGUCCACGAUCCUAAGAGAAUUAAUCACCACCACCACCACCACAACCACCACAACUACCACCACCACCACCACCACCACUAUGGUUCCACCCCCGAGGCUUCUCUAUGGUGACUACGACGACAACGCAAAGAACCUGACGGCGCCCUUGGUCGUCAACACGUCCCCCGGGAUGUCUAAAGACGCGGGUGUGCAGUCAGCGCCCUCUCGAGAUCAGCACUAUGGCAACAGGAGGUCCAAAAACAUAGCUAGGAUUAAUAUUUUAGACAACAAGCCAAGCGCCGCGUCACAGCCAGCCAGGGACGCCAUAGUGGUCCUCCUACCGCUGCUUGCCCGUGUGCUGUGGGCGCCUCAUCUAUUCCUCUAGUAGGAGCCACACGGGGCGGCCACCAGCGAGGGAGAGGGAGUGAGGAGCAGCGCCAAGACAGAAGCCAGCAUAGAGGACAGAAGACACAAGCUUAUAGAGGCACAGAGGCACAACGGGAGAGAUUCGAGGCGUGGUACUUGUGGUGUAUUGAGAAAACUGGUGUGAAUGACAUAACACUGAAUUCUAAAAGAGGCACUAACAGAGGGACAGAAAUUGUGAGAUACUUGUGAGAUAUUGAGAAAAUUAGCUUGAUUUGGGGUGAAAAUUGCGAUGGAGUUUUAAAAAGAAAGGGAGAAAAGAAGAAUAGAUGCCUCAAAACAGAAGACAACAGGAAGGCUGCACGAUUUUAAGAGCCACAAAGACACAGGGAGACAGAAAUACGAGGCGAGGUACUUGAUAGCUAUUAAGAAAACUUGCGUGAUUUGUGGGUGAAAAUUAGGAUAGAGUGUUUAGAUAAAGAAAGGAAGAAAUGCGGGAUAGGUGCGCCAAGACAAAAGCCAACAGGAAGGGAUGGAAGCUUUUAGAGGCACACAGACGCAGAGGGACAGAAAUACGAGGCGUGAAUAUUAUCAGGUAUUGAAAAAAGUGGUGAUUUGUAGAAUGAAAUACUGAUAGUGUUGAUAUAAAGAAAGGAAACAAGGCAGAUAGAAAGAAAACUGGUGUAAUUUGGAGGGUGUUAAGAUAAAAAAAAAAAAGUAGAGUAGACAGAAAGAAAGAAAAGAAAGAAGGAUAGAUAAAGACUUCAGAACCACAUACAGAAAGAAAGAAAAGGAAAGAAGAGAAAAAGGAAAGGAGUGAUUUAGAAAAGGAAAGAAAAGAAAAAGCUAGACAAAGAGUGAUAUUUCUGGAACCUCAUAGAAUAUACUUAUCGUGACGUUUAUGAACCACUGAAAAAAGGGCGAGAUUGAGGAUAAAAUAGAGGAAUAAAAAAAUGUUAAAAAAAAAAAAAGAUAUUUCGGAACCACAAGGAACUGAGUGUAAUUUAGAAAGAGGAAAUGAAACAAGUCUGAAAAGAAAUAGAAAGGAAAUAGUGGCAGCUUGGAAUAAUACAAAAAAAAGAAUGAGAACCGAAGAGAAAGUAAAUAAAGAAGACCUGUGCAGUAAACCAUUAAAGAAAGCUUUCUUUUUAUUGAGAAAAGUAUAUGAAAAGAGAAACUAGCCACAAAAAAGCAGUGAAAAUAUACUGAAAAACAAAACCUUCAUAAAAAAAAAAAACACACGCGAGAACUCAAACUUGAAGAAAAAAUAGGAAAACGAAGAAAGAGGAAGAACGAGAAAAGAUAAAUUAAAUACCCAUAAAAAAAAGUGAUCAUUUACGAAAAAAAAAAAUCUAUCAAACAACUAAAUAUUAAACCCGGAAAAAUCAAGGCAAACAAGAAAACGACAACCAGGAAUAAGAGGAAGACACCAGAAAUUCCCCACGAGUCAAAAGAUCCCAGAAAUAUACGGUUUCACUCAGGCUUCAAAUGAGGUUUUCGAAGCUUCUUUCUGUGGCUUCUGAGGUGAUUGAAGUCAGGCUCUCUCUCUCUCUCUCUCUCUCUCUCUCUCUCUCUCUCUCUCUCUCUCUCUCUCUCUCUCUUGGAUAAUUAAAGA